AUGGCACCGGCUCUACCAGCAACAUACGAUACCCUCUUCACAUCCCCCUCCGCCCCUCCCUCUUACGACUACGACUCCCUACACCCCACAGAAGAAGAAUGCAUAGCCAUCCUAUCCCACGAAUUCACACAAGAAGUGACAUACCACGACAUACUAGAUGAUCAAGCACAGUGCUUAGCGGAGGGAACUACGUCCUUCGCCUCCCUGAUACACACACGCAUAUCAACCCUCUUAUCCGCCGCAGACAGCCAACGAGACCAACUCAGAUCGAAACUACUUCACACAGCCUACGCCGCGCUCUAUGCCUUCUUACAAAGCAACGUCACCGGCCCCCCGCUGAAUAGCGGCGCAGGCGUUGCUAUUCUAUCUAGCAAGCUUGAUGCAGCCGCUGUACGAGCACGUAUGAUUCGCGAUCUAUCCGUCGACGGCGAAGCAGUAUAUAAGCGUAUUCCAGCCGUGGAGCUAUUCGUUCUAGCAAAGAGCAUAUUCGCCCAUGAAGACGUUGUUCCGAACCAGCUUAACCAUGGCGCGGACCUGCUUGGUUUCACGGGCCGUAUGCGAGUCACCUUCCUACAUCAGAAAAUGCUAGGAGAAAACUCAGAUAGUCUCUGGGAAGAGAUAAGUGCGGACCUUGAGCGGGUUGCUGGUGUUGUGCUGGCGGGUGAAGGGGUGGCGGAGAGGGUACGGUUCAUGCUUGAGCGGGCAGUGAUAUAUACGCAUCAUGGACUUGAUGGGAAAGCGAGAGAGGAUCUGCUACGAGCUGCGGGAGUGAAUGGGUUUGAAUUCGCGUUGACGGGGAAAUUGGGCCGACGGACGAAGUUCCAGGAUAGGGAUAUUAGCCAGUUGGUUGUUUUGGCUAAGAGCGCUGGUACGGAUGCAGAUGGGUCGGGUGAAGGUGGGAAGAAAGAACCUAAGAACCUUGAUCUGAAUGAUGAUACGCUUCUGGAGUCUAUUGCGUUUAAGCAGGAUAUAGAUACACAAUCCCAGUCCCAGGCAUCGGUGGAUGUGAAAGAUAGCUCUUCGCUACCUGCUGGUCUGGCUUCGUUGGACGCAGCGAACCAACCCCGUCUUAACCCGCUAGACUCGAUCAUUUUGCUCUCCCUUGCUUCAGCAAUCACGAAUACAUCCCCUGAAGACGGGCUGACGCGUGAAGAAACAAUUCCCUACGCCGUACGUGUUCUGGAGGGAGGCAGCUCGAAUUGGCAGGUCUAUUCACAGGCUCUACUCGUUCGAAGCAGGAUAGAAGGAUACCGUACUCGAACCGUUGAGCGGUCUGUACUUCAGCUGCAGGCCCUGGUUGACCAAGUCAUCGCCGACACAGCCAGUGAUACCCCUAUUCCAGCUGCGUCAGGAGAAGUCGCAGAGGCAUCUACAGAGCAGCCAACAACAUUCUUACCUCGGCCAGAGGCGUCUGAGUCUGCCCACGCAGCUGAAAGAUUACAAUAUAUCUGGCUUCUCAACUUUUCUACCCGGUGGAACCUUGAGUCUGAACUGGCGCAGCGAUGGGUUGGUCUAGGUGCCCUACGAACAGCGCUGGAUAUCUACGAACGUUUACAAAUGUGGGCUGAAGCAGCACUCUGCUACGCCGCGACAGACCGAGAAGAAACGGCCAAACUCAUGGUCAGAAAACAGCUUUACCAACGCACCAAUCCUGACUCCACAGAUAAAGAUGAAACAGACACAUGGCAAGGCGCAGAGCUAGCUACUCUGCCACCAGACGCUCCACGACUGUUCUGCAUACUAGGAGACAUCGACCGAGAUGCAGCAAUGUACGAACGAGCCUGGACGGUAUCCAAUAAGCGCUAUGCACGCGCUCAACGUUCUCUGGCCAGACUGUACAUGCAAGAAAAGCCACCGAACCUAGUCAAGGCGGAAGAAGCGUACAAGCUCAGUCUGGCGGUGACCAGACUCAACCAUGCAUCCUGGUUUGCCAUUGGCUGUAUCCAGCUCGAGCUGGAGAAGUGGGAGGAUGCAAUCGACUCCUUCACCAGGACAGUUCAGCUGGAGGAAACAGAUGCAGAGGCCUGGAGUAACCUUGCCGUGGCGCUGCUCAACGCGCCCGCCAGAACAAUAGCCACGUCGGCACUACGAGACAUCCCUCGUCCGAAACCACUAGAUGAUGAAGAAGAGGAAGCUGAAACAGACCGGCAUGAUGAAGAGCUAGACAUCUACAAGCAGAAGCGGGAUGCGCUAGCCGCUCUGCAUAGGGCUGCUAGAUUCAAACACACCGACCACCGUAUUUGGGAUAACAUCCUUACAGUUGGCGCCUCGAUACCACCUCCCGUCACGCCCUUCCGUGACGUGCUACUUGCUCAAACACGCCUGAUUGAACUUCGCGGUGAAAAGGACGGCGAGAAAUGCAUCGAUAUACCCGUUGUAACAGCUCUAGUUAGGACUCUAACCACCCCACGAGAAGGAAGCAGUAUAUCAAUAGCCUACGAUCCGUCCGCCAUCGGACCAGGCUCGAUACACGCAAAGCUACUCCGUCUAUUCGACGAGAAAAUAAUACCCCUAAUCACCCACUCUCCUGAACUAUGGCUUUUAGUAGCUGACCUCGAGAGAUGGCGCGGUCGACCCUCGCAGGCUCUAGCGGCUCAUGAGAAAGCAUGGCGUGCUACCAUCGCCUCAUGUGCGCAGGGAGCAUACCAGAUGGGUGAAGAGGGGAAGUGGAACGACAUCGUCAAGGCUACUGAGACGCUUGUUCGAAAGGGGUAUGCUGUUUAUGGCGGGAUGGAUAGGGAGGUUGAAGACGGUUCGAAAGAUGCCGAACCUGAACUCGUUGCUAAGGACUGGAGAUUCAAAUCUCGUAGUGCAGUUAGGGGGAUAUUAGGUAAAGGCAAAUCUUUCUGGGACGGCAACGAAGGAUGGACUAGACUCGAUACCCUCUUGAAGGAAGUCAGUGGCCAUUAG